GUUGAGUUGGCGAGUCGAGUUGACUCGAGUCAAGACCCGAGUCGAGUCAACUCAAUUCCAACUCGAGUUCUUUUACGAACUCGUACGGAGAUUGCCGAAGCUACACGAACUCGUAACGUUACGAGUCCGACUCGCAAAAGCCGAGUCAAGAAACCGAACUCAUACGGAGAAAGCCGAACCUUAACGAACUCGGGACGUAACGAGUUGACUCGAGUUUACUCGCACUCGCUUUCGGCCAAUAGCGUCACAGCUUUACGAGUCAACUCGCAUAGAUUCAACGCUAUUGGCCGGUACCGAGUCGGCCGACUCGCAAAACUAACGAACUCGUACGGAGAAUGCCGAACUCACACGAACUCGGAACGUCUCGAGUCGAGUCGAGUCGACUCGUAAAGCUGACACGCUAUUGGCCGGUACCGAGUCGGCCGACUCGCAAAACUAACGAACUCAUACGGAGAAUGCCGAACUCACACGAACUCGGAACGUCUCGAGUCGAGUCGAGUCGACUCGUAAAGCUGACACGCUAUUGGCCGGUACCGAGUCGGCCGACUCGCAAAACUAACGAACUCGUACGGAGAAUGCCGAACUCACACGAACUCGGAACGUCUCGAGUUGAGUCUGACUCGACUCGUAACUCGAGUUCACGGCAGUUGGCGAGUCGAGUCACUCGAGUCAGGAAAGUACCCGACUCCACUCGUCACAUCACUAGUGGAAAGUUCAUCAAAAUAAUGUAGUGUGGCGUAAAAUUUUUCAGUGGAUCAGUUUCGGAGUGGGAUCGGACGAUUUAAUCGGUUUGUUUGUUUGUUUGGUUGUCGUUGCCUCUGUGCUGUGGUGCGUGAGCUGGGCCUGUGGACUGUUUGUUUUGUUGUUCCUGUUAUGAUUUUGUGGCAAGGUUAGGUUAGGAUUAUCAUGUUUGUGUAUGAAGUUCUAAAAGUUUUGUACAAUUAGGCUGGUAUUUUCUUUUAACUUCAAUGAACCAUUAGUAAGACGUUGGAAUCCUUGGCCUACCAUCAGAAUGAUAAAAUGCAGAAUGAUAAUUUCAUCUGUAAAAUCUCUUCUAGAAGAACCAGAUUUGCAAGAAACAGAAACACAGUCAAUGGUUGCAGUGCCGAUUCCUUCAGCAGAAAACACAUUUUUGGAUUUAAAUGCAUCUGUUACUUUUGAAGAUGAAAGCAGCAUACCACAAUCUCCUGUAGAUGCCAACCUAAAUGAGGAUUCAAAUGCGUUUGAAAGUGUCUAUGUUCCAUUGCCUGUAGACCUAUAUGAAAAUGAAGGUACAAGGGAAGGUAGUAUUAGCUGUCAGGAUCAAGAUUUGUCUAAAACAGAGCAUCCCACAGGUAUCCGUUGUUGUGAUGAAAAAGGAAAUUAUUUGGUUGAACUCUCUCCUGUGAAGCUAGUAAAUGUUGAUCAAAUAUUAAAGAGUUCUAAACCCGGGGAAAAUAUGAAACAGGAUAUCCAAACACAAGGAACUGAUGUAGUCAACCCCUCUGCAGUAGCAGCAGGUGAGGAGUCACAGAAAACAGAAAAUGGUGCGAAUAGGAGAAGAUCGUUUAGAAAAAGAACAAGACCUAACCUUUUAUAUGUUGCUGAUGAAGUAACAAACUACCUCUAUCAGAGGAAGUAUAGAAAACGAAAUUGGGCGCAAUGGAACAACAAAGUAUCCGCUCAUCUCUUGAAGACGAUGAGCAGUAGUCAAGUAACCAAACACACUGAUCAAGAAAGUACGAUGGAAACAGAAAUUGCAGAUUCCUCUAUAUCUAUGUCAGAGAAAACGAUAAAAAGUGAGCCAUCUGUUUCAAAAACAAAACUCAACAGGAUAGGACAAAAACGAGGUAGAAAAAGGAAAAAUGCGGUGAUAACCGUUAAGACUGAUUCAUCUGUAUCAAUACCAGAGAAAUCAAUAAAAAAUGAGCCAUAUGUUUCCGAAGAAGAACUAAAGACAGGUCAGAAAAAAGUGCAAAAAAAGCACUUGGAAAAGAACACAGUAAAAGCAGAAAACACCUCAUCCGUAUCAAUCCCAGAGGAAAAUAUAAAAAGUGAGCCUUCUGUUUCAAAUGCAGUAACUAAGCCCUAUAGCAAUGCAAAAUUAAAAACACUCCAAAAACCAAAAGCACAUGGUGGAAAACCUAACUUUAAAUGUGAACAGUGUGGAAAGAAAUAUUACUAUUUGCGAGGUUUAAGGCAACAUUUACGCUUGGAAUGUAACAUCCCACCUCAGUUCCCUUGUCCUUAUUGUCCUGCACAAUAUAGAUAUCGUCAUGCUAUAAAGGAUCACGUAAAUAGCAAACAUCCGAUGGCCUACCCAAAAUGGUAUGUAAAUCAUUUUGUUUUACAACCGAAUUCUGCUAAUCCAAAAUAGGUGGGACCAGGAACAGUUCGGAUUACUCAACUGUUUGAAUCAGCCUGGAAAUUAAUCAGAUAGAUAAUAAACAAUAUUUUGUUAAGCUGCUCCUUCAAUAGCGACAAUAUUGUGAUUAUCUCCUGCUAUCAAAACAAUAUCGUGACAAUUUUUCACAAUUCCAGCGCUACCUUGAUAGUCUUCCAAGAUCACAUUCUGUUUACUACAUGACUACAAGAAGAGGUGUUCCAUUAAUGAAGACCUUAAAAAAUAACCAACAAAUCACUGUUAAUUAAUUGGGGCUUGGUUAUGGGCUAUUGGCGAUUAUUCUUGAUUUUUCUGGGCCCAUUCAAAACUUACACUUAAAAUAUUUGGUUUUCUACGUUAAAAACUUAUGGCAAAACAUAGACCUUUAUUUGAAAUUAAAUACAGUAAACUUUUUGUAUUAGCAUGUAACUGAUGUACGACCAUUUAAAGACAAAGAAGGAAAAACCUUCUGGUUAUGGGCAUUGGUUGUAAUGUAAUUUCUGUGCCAAGUUAGUGACUAUCAAGUAUUGGAACCAUAUUAACCUUGUUUGAUUUUUACUUAAAACUGUUUGAAAAAUUUUAAGUCCAUAGACAGACCUGAUUCUCAAUUUUGAACUUUACGUUGAUAAUUGCUUAUUUUUCUAGUCUUUUUCCAAGUUGAUUUUCGAUAUGUUUCUCUUUUUUAGCCUUAUAACAUGUAUUUAGCGUAUAAAGACAGUGUUAACAUUGCUUAGACUGAUGCUUUUAUGCAAUAUUGAUUAGUUGUUUUCUGAAUCCUAUAAUUAUUAUAAUUAAUAUUAUUGUUAAUGUAUUAUUAUUACUCUUUUGUAAUCAUUUUUCAGAUUGUUAGCUCCACAAAUAAAACUUAAGUUGUGGACCUUACGCUAUUAAAUUUAUAUUUACAAUUUUGUAUUUAGUAAUUCUUCCACAAUCCAGUUUUUGUUGAGAUUUUUACAGUGUUGUUAGAACUUUAAGAAACGAGCAUUGAAGUAAAACAUAAAAAUUAUGUAAAACAUGUAACUGUAAAUAUUAUCCAUUUAAGGUAGUUAUUUCUAAGAUUCUGUUUUCUACAAUAUUGGUAUUAAGGUUUUAUAAUUGUUUUCUUGUAUGGUAAAUGUUGAUUGUAAUGUAUACCUUAUUGGAAUUAUUGUAUUCCCAUCACACAGCAUUAACUUAUUUAUUUCUUUGAAUACAUUUUUAAUGGUAUGUUAUUGUUUAUCUUUGUGCGUCUCAGGUUGUGAAGGUGGGACAUAAAAAAUAAUGUAUUUAUGUUAAAAAGUGUCAACUGAUACAGUAGCAAUGGUAGGUUGAUUUCUUUGUGAGUUUAGUACAUUAAAAUGUUUGUAUUACUUUUCUAGAACAUUAGCGGUAUCUUUUUUGAUUGUUAUAUUAAUAUAUGACUUUAUAAUAUAA